AACUUCAGUAUUUUGCAGCUAGAAUAUGAGUAAAUAGCGUGCCGUAUACCGCUUUCAUUUUGGUUAGUACUUUAUUAUUAAACUAUAACCAUAGGCGGACUAGAUGAAUAUUAUACGUCUGCAUUCGGUUUUAUAAGUCUAUUGCUUAAAUAAUUUUAAGCUGUCAAGCCAAGCAACAGAAUGUAAACAAAUCUAAAACCGAAAUUAAAAUACACAACAAACUUGAUUUCAUUUAAGCUAAAAAAUUGCAAAUACAAUAGCAAAUAUUAAAUAAUCUUUUUAGGAGUACUUAGGAAACGAUGAAAUUAUGUCUUCCUUAGAGCUCAAGCAUUCACUGCGAAAAAUGGAUUACGCAGAUUCAGUUAAAGAAACAUUAAAUCGAAUAGGUUCGGAAUUAAUAUAAAACUUUAUAACUACGCGGAAUAAAUUAGAUGUUGCAAUGGAUUUAAUAGCUGAAAUAAUAUUUUUAGAGAAGUCAAAGGAAGUUGAUGUCCGAAAGACUGGAUUUCAACAAGGACCUAAUUUGUCUCUUAUACAAGAAUUCCAGUUAGUAAUUGUACUCAGCGAGUUUUUUUCUCAUCCGGGCCCUGACGCCACAAGGAAUGCGGUAUUUUUAUCUUUAUUUGGUGGAAAUAUUACACCUGGACGAACAAGUGUUUUGGUUAAGCUGAUCAGUGUGUCAAUAUCCGUUGCUAUUCCACCUUUAUUAUGUGCCGCAGGUACAUGGAUGCAACAGCUUGGCUGUACAUCUGGUCCCAGUUGUGAGCUGGUUCAAUGUCUUAUUAAGGAUUUUAUAAUUUUUUCAAAAAUAACUUCUGAACAAUUGAAACAAUUGCCUUUAGUAGCUCCAAGGUUUGCCGCAAACUUUAUGACAACCGUUGCUGAUCUAUAUUUAAAUGAUUUAAAAAGUGAAGUACUUGUGGCACCGCCAGAUAUGAUUUUAGAGUUAUUUACGGAGUGGAUUACGGACAAUCCUAGUUUAUGCUUGGCUGCCCAACAAACUUUGGCUUUACCAACUGGUGCAAUAGCUAUGCCAUCCUCCACUCCUAUUUCUGGCUUAAUACGCUGGUCAGUUUUAGCUCCAAUUAUAAACCAGAAAGGAAUAUACAAUCGCCUUCAUUUAGCUUUAUUAGAGACGUUACUACAAAUUCCAUCAUCAAGCGGUCCAGCAACAGCACUAAAUGCCCAACAUUUAGCUCAAGUUGUCAACCCUCUUAAAAACCAUGCCAGAAAAUUGAUUCUUGAAAAUAUUGACCCGGAAAGCGAUGAAAAUUAUCAAAUAAGUUUAGAAAGGUAUGCUCAAGCUACUCAAAUUGCUUUGGCUUCAAAAUGUAUUUAUGGUAACAUCCCACAAUUAUUGUGCUUAUUAGAAACAUUACCUAAUAAUAACUUAAUGAGUAUUAUUAUAAAAACAAACAAAAACUUAUAAUAAAAAAGUAUAUUUAUUAAUAUAUAACUAUU